UAGCUACUCCGCAUUGUACGAGACACGGUUCGUCGUUCGUCCUGCAGCCAAAUUAGGAACAAUUUCCGCUACCAGAAUCAAAAUGACUCGUUGGGCGAGAGGAGGAGAUGCUAACAAAAGGAAACCCCAUGAUGCUUCAACAUGGGAGCAGAUGACUCAACAUAAUGAGAGAAAUCGGACCAAAGCUGGAGCUAAACAUAAGCCUGCUCAUUCCACCAAAAAAUACAAGCAAGAAAGUGCCAAGAGGACAGGUACUGAAAAAAGCAGCUUGGGUAUUGAUAAAAAACUUGUUAGCCAGACAAGACAAAGGGGAAUUCAUCAGAAAGUUGGUAACGGGAAAAAGAAUGCUGCUGCAGGGUCAAGACUGCUUUUGUCAAGUGGUGGCAAAUCAAUCAUCGAUGUCAUAUUAGAAGCAGAUAAAGCCAGAGACUGUGAUGUACAGGAUGAAAGAAAAAAGUCAGUUGGUGAUGUGAAGCAGAAUAGCAUGGAAACACCAGAACUUAUGGCAAUGAAGGAGAAGAGAAGCGAAGACAGACGAUUAAAGAGACAAAAGAAGAAAGCUGACAGUAUGAUGUGUUUCCACUGUCGGCAAACAGGCCAUGGUGUUUCUGACUGUCCACAGAUGUUAGGGGACGUUGAACAGGGUACUGGUAUCUGCUAUCGAUGUGGAUCAACGGAACAUGACGUCGGCAAAUGUCGUGCUAAAGUGGAUAAAAAACUAGGUGACUUCCCCUAUGCCAAGUGUUUUAUAUGUGGACAGACUGGACACCUGUCUAGGAUGUGUCCAGACAAUCCCAGGGGUCUGUAUCCAGAAGGAGGUGGUUGCAAGGAAUGCGGAUCGGUAGAGCACAGGUGGUGGAACUGUCCUGUCAGGAAGCCAGUGAAAGGAGUUGAUCUGUCUGCAAUAAGCCUUCCUGUGACUGGGAUCCAUUCAAGUGCUGAUGCUGAGCCGGCCUUCAUGCCAAAACCGAAGGUGAAAGUCAAGCAGACUGGGCCGAGAGUUGUGAAUUUCUAAUCUUAGAUUAUAAGCAUUAUCAUGAGACUUCUAUUCUCUUGUCCAAAGUAAAUGUUUAGGUAUGUGAUUCAUUUGAUCUCCCGUGCAGUAAUCACAAAAAAACUAUUGUGAUUAGCACAAAUAUUGUGUUUUCUUUAUCUAACCAAUCCCUGCUCCUCAUCAAAUAAAUGGUCUGCCAACUUUCAGAGCAUACCGCCGUCGGAGAGUAUCCGCCAGUCUAGACAGCGAGACCAUAACAGAAAUAACUAGAUAGACAAGUAAAAUUUGACUUUCUAUAUCAAUCGAUCCUUUGUUGGCUCCUUAAAGGCAUCAUAGAAAUAGAUAAAUUGUCUCUUUGCAGUGAAUUACUGUGUUAUCAUUCAAGUGGGCCUAUGUUACAAGACUACAGUGCUAAGAAUAUUGCAUUAUGGGUAAUGAACAUGGCCAGAUAUGAUUAGUUGAGGACUUGAGAUGGGGCUAUUAAGGCUACUGGUCUGUGAAGUAUUCAUAUACUUAUUAGACAGUGGUGGCAGCCACGUGUCUGUAACUAUAAGAGAGACAAAGAAGACGUCUGACUCAGGAGAUGUGCAGAGUAAGAGUGAGGGUUUAUUGAUACAGCCACUCUGGGCUUUCCUUGUUUCCAGUAGACAAAGAGAGUGAUUGUAACAUCAUCAAGUUGGGCAGCAUGCCUAUGAGUGUGAGGGGUGCUACUCAUAUAUUUGGUAUGGAUUUAAAAGCAAUACAUCACAUCUUCCCCUUUAACAAGAGGGGCUUGUGUAAAUAAAUCAUGACAGGUUGGAUUAUUUAAGUAGCUAUAAUUAACUUGAAAAGAGGCAUUACUGAACAAUUACUAGCCUUAGGGUACUAUUUAAAAAUCAAUUGCAACAACAAUAAGUCAUUCAGGGACAAUUUCUAAAGCCAUAUUAGGAUCACUUGGUAUAAACUGUCUAAAUCCAAAAAUUUUGCCAAAAGUUUGUGAACCUUAUGGUGCAAUUUGCUGUAACAAACAACACGUGUUUGUUCGUUGUAUCUUAUACUUUCUUGCUUGGUUUCUGUUACGUUACACUAUAUAAUUACAUUAAGUUUGUUCUUUUUAUAUCUUAUUUACAAAUAACAUUUCUUUCUUUCUUUUUCUCUUUUUUUUUAUAGUAACUUUCGAGUGGUUCUCUUUCCACUUUAAAUUCACACAUAUAUACAUAUAUAAAGUAUACAAUACCUGUGGUGGUACUCUUUCCACUCACUGUUUAACUAAUCCAUUAUUAUACAUUAAUUGAGCUUAUUAAUUAUAUACAUGAUGUUUUUCUGCAUUGACUAUUCCUAUUCUUCAGAACAAUGUUACAAAUAACAUUUCAACAACGGUUAUCAGUUGACAUUUCAAAAAUUGUAUGUGGAUGGUGUAUGUGUUAUUCAUGUCAUCGGAUAAGCAUCAUCAAUAAAAUUGCAAAAAGGAAAAUAGAGAAGCGGAGUACAAAUAAUGUGACACAGUUUAGAAAUAAGUUGAAAUUUGUUUUCAUCAGGUGUACAUC